AACAAAGAAGAAUGAUAAAGUAACGGAGGAACGUCAUUAUCAGCAUUAUCUAUUGAACAAAUACACACGACGGGGACAGAGACCUUGAGAGACCAGCCUCAGAUGCUUGGAUUCUUAUUCUUAUUCACAAUAACAAACUUGCCAUGUCUAUCCCUUCAAUACCCACAUGGAGUAUCCCAUUUAUUUCUAUUUUUUUUCCUUUUUUUAGGCAACUCUGUUGAUUGAAAGCUAAGUUUAUCUAGUAAGUGUGAAUGUCAAGACAACAAUGGUAAUGCCCACAUGGGUGUUUCGUGAAAACCCGGCAAAAUUCAUUCAUGUCUCUUCUGUCUCAAUUUACACUCACUCUCUUCAAUCCCAUCGUUUAUUUAUUUGGGUUUGGAUUGUUUUCUUCUCCUGUUUCAUCGUGGCACUUUGUCGAACAUUUGGGUGAUAUUUUUGGAUCACUGAAAAAGAAAAACAAUGGCUUUGUUUAAGAAAUUCUUUUACAGGAAGCCGCCUGAUGGGCUGUUGGAGAUCUCUGAACGGGUCUAUGUAUUUGAUUGCUGCUUCACCAUGGACAUUUUGGAGGAUGAAGAAUAUAAGGUGUAUAUGGGAGGCAUAGUGGGUAAACUCCGUGACCACUUUCCUGAUGCUUCAUUCAUGGUGUUUAAUUUUCGAGAAGGAGAGAAUCAGAGCCAGAUUUCUAAUAUAUUGUCUGAGUAUGAUAUGAUUGUAAUGGAUUAUCCUCGUCAGUAUGAAGGUUGCCCCUUACUCCCAAUGGAGAUGAUGCAUCACUUCUUGAGGUCAAGUGAAAACUGGCUCUCUCUCAGGCAACAGAAUGUGCUGUUGAUGCAUUGUGAAAGAGGUGGGUGGCCAGUCUUGGCCUUUAUGCUUGCUGCCCUCUUGAUAUAUAGAAAGCAGUUCACUGGGGAGACGAAAACUUUAGACAUGAUUUACAAGCAAGCACCUCGUGGGCUUGUGCAGUUGAUGUCACCACUGAAUCCAUUGCCCUCUCAGCUGAGAUACCUUCAGUAUGUCUCAAGAAGGAAUGUAACCUCUAAAUGGCCUCCACUGGAUAGGGCACUUACACUGGAUUGUAUUAUUUUUAGAGUCAUCCCUAGUUUGGAUGGAGAAGGGGGUUUUUGCCCAAUAUUUAGGACAUAUGGGCAGGAUCCUCUAAUGGUUGCUGAUCAAACACCCAAAGUUUUGUUCUCGACGCCAAAAAAGAGCAAAGUUGUCCGGCAUUACAAGCAGGCAGAUUGUGAAUUAGUAAAAAUUAAUAUCCAUUGCCAUGUUCAAGGUGAUGUUGUAGUUGAGUGUAUUAGUUUGGAUAGUGGUCAAGAGCGUGAAGAGAUGAUGUUUCGGGUCAUGUUUAAUACAGCCUUUAUAAGAUCAAAUAUUUUGAUGCUUAAUCUUGAGGAAAUUGAUAUCUUGUGGAAUGCUAAGGAUCAAUUUCCUCAGGGGUUCAGAGCGGAGGUUCUUUUCUUAGAGAUGGAUGCUACUUCUUCUCUAGUUUCAUAUGAUUUGCCGGGUGUAGAGGAGAAGGAUGGUCUUCCUAUAGAAGCAUUUGCUAAAGUUCAAGAAAUUUUUAACAAUGUUGAUUGGCUAGAUCUGAAGGCAGAUUUUGCACUAAGCAUGCUUCAGCAUGUUACACUGUCAAGUAUCCUCCAAGAAAAGUUGGACAACGGUCUUUCCCAAAGUCAAAUAAAAGGCAAUGGUUUCCUAGAAUUAGCUCUUGAAAAAGUUGUGGAGAAACCAAAAUUGAAAGCAUCAGAAAGUAACAUCAAGAGUCCUAGAUCUAUUGCGCAAGCUAAACAAUCUACACCACCGUAUAAACCUUCCCUUGAUAUAAAUUCCCCCUCCAAGAAGAUUGAAGCCCAAGAACAUCAUAUUACUCUCCAAAGACCUACUAAAUCUAAGAUCAUUUCUCAGCCAUUAUCUCAAACUUCUCUCUCUCACUCAACUUCAUUUGGCAAUUCCUUGCAAGGGUCACCUGUGUCUAUAUCAAAAUAUCAUAGUGCACCUGCAAACCUUGGCAUUACAACUCUAUUGCAAGAUCAUGAUGUAUCUGAUAAUGAAGAAGUCCCUUAUCAAGUGACAAGACCUCUACCUACUGCAACCAUUUCAUCUCCUUCCGUCACAAAUAUACUGAAACCUUUGCAGCUGAGUCAUGUGCCUACUUCACCACAGUCACCACCAAAGUUGCCUCCCUCAUUGCAAUCUUCACUGGAGGCUCAUAAAACUAUAAAAAAUGUAGCCCCUCCUCCUUCUCAACCGUCUCCUAAGGAAACACAAUCUUUACCAUCACAACUUUCUAGAAGCACAUCACAACUUCCUGGAAGCACAUCACAAAGCAAAGAGCAUUCAUUAUCAGUUCCAUCUACCCCACCACCAGUGCUUUCUACUUUAGAGGCAUCAUCUUCUGUUACCAAGAGCUCACAUUCAACUCCUCCACCCUCUUCUUUGUUGGGGGCAUCUCAACCUCUGAUGGCCGAACAUUCAUUGUCAACUCUCUUGCCUCCUUCAUACUCACCUCCGUUUGUAAGUACAUCUAUGUCCGUUUCCUCUGUCAAUAACACAGUUUCCAAACCCCCUCCUCCUCCCCCACCACCUCUUUUGUCUAGAACAUCUCCAUCUUCAAUUGUUAAGGACUCACUUCCAACACUAUCUCCUCCUCCUCUACCCCCUUUUUUUCCUGGACCAUUUUCAACACCCCCUCCUCCACCACCCCAUCCAGUUAUUUCAUCAGCUUCUUGUGUUGCUUCCUCGCCAGAUUCUAGAAAGAGUUUAGCUGUUACAUUGAAACCUCCUCCACCACCUCCCUUUCCUUUAAAGUCUGAGGGUUCUGUUAUUACAUCUUCAACACCACCUCCACCUCCACCUCCACCUCCUUUAAAGUCUAGGAGUUCUAUUACUACACCUGCACCACCACCACCUCCUCCAAAUAAAUCUACAAAUGUUCCUCCUAUGCCACCUGCACUAGCUCCUUUAUCAAAAGCUAGUGGUGUCUCUCCUCAAUCUCAUUUUGAAAUUAGUAAUGGCAAUAUCCCUCCUAUUCCUGGACCUCCCUCUGCCCCUGUAUUCUGUGCAAAGGGACGAGGAAUAUCACGUUCAAAUCCUAAAAGUCAAUCCCAACCUAGGAAAAACAACUUGAAGCCAUAUCAUUGGUUAAAGUUAACCAGAGCAAUGCAAGGAAGCUUAUGGGCUGAAGCACAGAAAUUGGAUGAAGCUUCCAAAGCUCCAGAGUUUGACAUGACAGAACUGGAGAGUCUUUUCUCAGCUGCUGCUCCAAAUUCAGAUAGUGGGGGCAAAGGUAGGAAGUCAAAUCGUUGUUCCUCAGGACCCAAAUCUGAGAAAGUUCAGCUGGUUGAACUUCGGCGGGCUUAUAACUGUGAAAUUAUGCUUUCAAAGAUUAAAGUCCCCUUGCCCGAUUUGAUGAGUGCAGUCCUUUCAUUGGAUGAUUCAGCAUUGGAUGUUGAUCAGGUUGAUAACCUUAUUAAGUUUUGUCCAACUAAAGAAGAGAUGAAAUUACUCAAGAAUUAUAAUGGCAAUAAGGAAAACUUGGGAAAAUGUGAACAAUUCUUCUUUGAACUGAUGAAAGUGCCACGGGUGGAAUCAAAGCUCAGAGUUUUCUCAUUUAAAAUACAAUUCCGUACUCAGGUUUCUGACCUCAGAAAUAAUUUGAGUACUAUAAAUUCUGCAUCUGAAGAGGUCAGAAAUUCGGUCAAGUUGAAAAGGAUCAUGCGAACUAUUCUUUCUCUGGGUAAUGCUUUGAACCAUGGAACUGCAAGGGGGUCUGCUGUGGGAUUCCGAUUAGAUAGUCUCCUCAAACUCACAGAAACUCGAGCCCGGAACAACAAGAUGACUCUCAUGCACUACCUUUGUAAGGUACUUGCUGAAAAAUUGCCAGAACUUCUAGAUUUUCCAAAAGAUCUUGUGAGUUUGGAGGCUGUAACCAAGAUACAACUAAAAUAUUUGGCAGAGGAAAUGCAAGCUAUUAGUAAAGGACUGGAGAAGGUUGAACAAGAAUUUACUGCCUCGGAAAAUGAUGGUAAAGUGUCGGAGAAUUUUUGCAAGAUUCUAAAGGAGUUCCUUAGUUUUACUGAAGGUGAAGUGAGGUCUUUGGCAUCACUUUAUUCUGGUGUGGGUAGAAAUGCAGAUGCAUUGGCUCAAUAUUUUGGUGAAGAUCCAACUUGGUGCCCUUUUGAGCAAGUUGUGUCUACUCUGCUCAACUUUGUGCGGAUGUUUGUCCGGGCACACGAGGAAAACUGCAAGCAACUUGAACUUGAAAAGAAGAAAGCGCAGAAGGAAACAGAAAGUGAAAAGUUGAAGAUGAGUUCUGCCAAAAAGGAUUCUUUACACUCGGAAAACAGUCCCUUGGAGAGAAACAUCAUCAAAUGAUCAUCAUUCGGUAGAUACAGCAAUUUUUGUUGAUUGACACAAGCUCCUGCAAUGUAUGAAGACUGUACUAGGAUUCGACACAACAAACAAGAGACAAACGAGCAAUGGUACUCAAGUAGAAUAAGGGCAUUUAUCAGCCAGCCUUGGAUUACAAAUACCCAUUUUAAUUAAAAUGGUGGAGUUGAUGAAAUCUUCCCGGCAAGCUACGAGUGAGACUAUAAACAUAUCGGUAUAUUAGAUUUAUUUUUCUUCAAUGUUAUACUAGUCUUUGUAUAUUUUUUUGAGUUAUAGGGAUGUAAAUGUUGAGAUGUAAUGUUGUUAGGAUGAGUAGUUGUUGCAAGGGCAAAGAAUUUCUUUUUUACCAA